ACACUAUAGCGAGGAGUUCAAAAAUUGACAAGUCUCGCUCAAUUGCAAGGAUCAUUGCAUAUCUUGAUCAUGACAUGGUACAACACAAUAACUACCUGCUGAAUUUUAUUUACGAAUUGUUUGGUCCUUGCUCUAACAUAUAUGUUUAUGCAGAUUUUUUUACCCUUGAACGCUGGACUACACUGGUAUCUGGCAGCCCUAGAUGCGCUUAAAAGAGAAGUUCGGAUUCUCAAUUCAGCCCCUGCUGUUGGUCCAAUGGAUGAACUGGAUCAUGCGUUGGAAGCGAUAACGGCGUGGUUCCAGCAGGCUGAAGAAAGAAUUAAACAACUUCCAAACCCAACAAACUGGCCAGACUUCAACGUAGCCACGUGGGACAAGAAGACAAUCAAAGGGCUGCCAACCCAGAAAGACGGGAGCUCUUGUGGACUCUACCUUCUCAAGUACAUAAUGCUUUGGACGGGAUCCAAACUAUCCAAAACAUUUUCAAAGAAAGAUAUAGAUAUGUACAGGAGACAACUUGCACAUGACAUACUCAACAGUGACAGAAAUUUACUCCGGAAAAACCAGCAGCCAACCAGACAAAGGCAAUUCCUGACGAUGAAGUUUCUACCAAAAAAAGAAAGAGGUCCAGGACGAGCACCAGCAGUAGAACUACACAAUAGAUAUGGCUUUCGCAUAGACAUUCGUCUUAAAUCAACGUUUUCCCAUUUUCUCAAUAAUUCGGUUUGUAAGCAAUAA